AUGGGUGAGAAACCUUCCGACCCCGAAGCUCCCGUCGAGACCUCCAACCACCUAGAGUCGUCCGUCUCCAUUGAGAAAGAAAAUGCAGCGGAUCUGGCUCGCCAGUGGUCGCGCGACGUGAAGAAGGAUCACUCUGCCCCGGUGACCCAGAACACGAAGCUCAAGAACCCUCUUGCCGGUCUAACCCAGGAGGAGCUGUUCCGCGAUGUCGAGGAGUUUGCCCGCGAGAAGAACCUCGAACAGAUCGUGGAGGAUCUCAAGAAAGGCGCCCUCGUGGCCCAGGACCCGAAGGUCUUCGAACAGUUGAACGGGUUGGAAGAAAGCGACAAGGAGCUGUUGCGACGCGAGAAGACUCAUCGCUGGCACCAACCAUGGAUGAUGUACUUCAUGACCAUUCUCUGUGCUGGUUCCGCUAUCGUGCAGGGCAUGGAUCAAACUGCAGUCAACGGUGCGCAGGAGUUUUACUUCGACGAGUUCAACGUCACCAAUCGGUGGCAGCAGGGCCUUUUGAACGGCGCACCAUAUCUCUGCUCGGCCGUCAUCGGAUGUUGGACGACGGCGCCGCUGAAUCGCUGGUUUGGCCGUCGCGGCUGCAUCUUCAUCUCUUGCUUCAUCUCCUUUGCUGCCUCCUUCUGGAUGGCCGCGGCGCACACCUGGUGGAACCUGCUGCUGGGUCGAUUCCUGUUGGGGUUCGCCGUCGGUGCCAAAUCCACCACCACCCCCGUGUACGGUGCCGAGUGCGCGCCGUCUAACAUUCGUGGCGCGCUGGUGAUGAUGUGGCAAAUGUGGACGGCCUUCGGUAUCAUGCUGGGCUAUAUUGCGUCGGUCGCUUUCAUGGAUGUCCACAGCGACAGCCUGGUCGGUUUGAACUGGCGACUGAUGCUAGGAUCCACCGCUAUUCCCCCAAUGGUUGUUUGCGCACAGGUCUAUUUCUGCCCUGAGUCCCCUCGAUGGUAUAUGAUGCGGAACCGCUACCAGGACGCAUUCAACGCGCUCUGCCAGCUGCGUCCUUCUAGCUUCCAGGCCGCUCGAGACCUGUACUAUAUUCAUUCGGCAUUGAAGGUCGAAGAGAAGAUGCGCGAGGGCAAGCAACUCUGGCGGGAGAUGUUCACCGUGCCUCGUAACCGCCGUGCCGCCCAGUCUUCCUUCUUCGUCAUGUUCAUGCAGCAGUUCUGCGGAGUCAACGCCAUCAUGUAUUACUCCUCGUCCAUGUUCCGCGAUGCCGGCCUGUCCCGUCGCGUGGCCCUGGUCACCUCGCUGGGCUGCGGUAUCACCAACUGGAUCUUCGCCCUGCCCGCCGUCUACACCAUCGACACCUUCGGUCGUCGGAACCUGCUGCUGACCACGUUCCCGCUCAUGUCGCUCUUCCUGCUCUUCACCGGUUUCUCCUUUUAUAUCCCCGAGUCUUCGCAAACGGCGCGAACAGCCUGCGUGGCCACGGGUAUAUACCUGUACAUGAUCGUGUACUCGCCCGGUGAGGGUCCAGUGCCUUUCACCUACUCUGCAGAAGCCUUCCCUUUGUAUAUCCGUGACGUGGGUAUGUCCUUCGCCACCGCCACCACCUGGGGUUUCAACUUCAUCGUCUCCCUCACGUGGCUGCCGCUGCGAGACGCGUUCACCCCGCAAGGUGCCUUCGGGUGGUACGCGGCGUGGAACUUCUUCGGCUGGAUCUUCUGUUACUUCUGUCUGCCCGAGACCAAAGCGCUGUCUUUGGAAGAACUCGACCAGGUCUUCUCCAUCCCGACGCGCAGACACAUCAACCAUUACUGGGGGAUGUUGCCGUGGUAUUUCAAGAAGUACAUUCUGCGGGGCGACGUGCCACCACAGAAACAGCUCUACGAUUAUGAGUAG